AUGCCGGCUCACCACCGCGGUGUCCCCCAGGGCCCGAGCGCCCAGGAUCAUUCCACAGUGGUGGGAAAGGUUUGGCUCACCGUCCUCUUCGUCUUCCGCAUCCUGGUGCUGGGGGCGGCUGCUGAGCGGGUCUGGGGCGAUGAGCUGUCUGGCUUCUCCUGCGACACGCAGCAGCCUGGCUGCCAGAGUGCCUGCUAUGACAGCACCUUCCCCAUCUCCCACCUCCGCUUCUGGGUCCUGCAGAUCAUCUUCGUCUCUACUCCCAGCCUUGUUUACCUGGGACACAUCCUGCACCUGGUGCAUCUGGAGGAAAAGGCACAGCAGCAACUGGUGGCACGGGCCAGGCGGCAGCGCCCCAGGCAGCCCCAGCUCCCUGCUGGGGACAUGCAGGGACGGGUUUGCAUGCGGGGGGCCAUCCUGAAGACAUACAUCUGCAAUGUCGUCUUCAAGGCUCUUUUGGAAGUGGGCUUCAUUGUGGGCCAGUACACCUUGUAUGGGUUCCAGCUGAAGCCCCUCUACACCUGCAGCCGUUGGCCAUGCCCCAACACUGUCAACUGCUACAUCUCCCGGCCCACCGAGAAGACCAUCUUCAUCCUCUUCAUGUUGGGGGUGGCCUGCGUGUCCCUGCUGCUAAACCUGGUGGAGAUCUACCACCUGGGUCUCACCAAGUGCCGGCAGGGGCCAGGCCCCAAGUCCCGCAUCCUGCCCAGUCCUGGUGGUCCUGUGCUGCCCUGCAGCACCCAUGUCACCCUGCCUGGCAGUGGCAGCCCCAUGGCUGCUGACAGACCCCCCCAUGGCCUGGCACCCCUGGGGAAGGUGGGUGCAUGGCUGGGGGUGGCCAGUGGGUCCCACGGGAAGGCACGAGCAGCAGACCUGGCAGUGUGA